GAACCUUCAGGACUCUGCAUAGUCAACAAGUCGCCCUGGCUGCCGGCCACAUCCAUUCCACAUUCGGAUUCCUUUCAAGUUGAUCGCGUAGAUGUGGGCUAGUUUUUGUUGUGUCAUUUCUGCUGCCGAAUUCCAAGCUGGUCUCAAGUUCUCCAGAGCAUUAUAUACAGUCCAUCGAACCCCACGAUCUUCAGGAUCGUAUUGGUGUCUUUCUUGUCCAUCAUCCUCAUUUGCAUUCGGAGACGGAGGUUGCGAAAACGAACACUGCUUCUCCCUGAUUCGCCGUGAUUUUUCCUUCAUCCAAACUAGCAUGACUGACUGUGGUAAUGACAGACUCAACUCGACCAUCACGACGGACCCCUUCACUCCAUGGAAAUCACAUAUCCAUAUACGACUAAUUUGUUUGGUAGAUCUGCCUCGUGUACAUUCCGGAGAGUUCAUGUACAAGACCUACUGGCAGGGCCCUUAACUUGUGGCAUCUAAGGAUAAUUUUGCACAUUUCCAGAAUACUUAGGAUCCGUUCCACAUCGUUCACGAAAUAUGCAGUCAUGCAACUUUGAUCGGGCGCUCCUCGUAUUCAGAAUUGAUAUCGAACGACGACUAACUACUGAGCCAUGACAGUGGCCAAGUGUGCUCAACCCAUUGAUACACACGUAUACUAUUAACAUUACCGCGCUCGACACCGUCGGCCACACCAUGCCACGCGACCACCUGUCAAGUGUGGCAGUGGUAACGAGAUUGACAGCAUAUACACUGAUGAGAGAUGCCCACCGGGUAAACGACAGCACGAAAUUAUGGGCGCGACAGUAAGUUCAAGUCCCACAUGAGCGCUGCUAGCUACCCUUCCCUCGUUAUCUUUUCCCUUCAACACUCUCAUUAGGAUACGUCCACGUCUCUGAGGAGCGUCUCAAGCUGGACUCGACGCAUUCUCGAUGAGUUUCGAAUUCAGGAGGACGAGUCCGUGGUGGACUCUCAUCUGUUAUGUCCUGUCUUUUCUGCCUUUUCAGGCUCUUUCCGCUCCUUUGGCACUCACUAUUCCUUCCAACCUUGUCGCAUGCGAAACUACCGUUCUUUCCUGGGAGGGAGGAUCCGCUCCAUAUACACUCUGAAGUUGAUGGGGAAGACCGAGAAACAGCAGUAAUUCUCAAUAACUCAACCUUCGACUGGGACAUAGAUAUUGGACCUGGUGUCCCAAUUGUGAUAACGCUCGGUGAUAGCACUGAUCAGACGACCUCGUCAGCUCCGUUCUUCACGAAAGCCGGAUCCAAGACUUGUGAACUAAUACAGACUUCUCCCCGAUCCAAUCCAUCUUCCGAAGUGCAAACUUCGCUUCUGUAUAUGACUAGUGGGUCCUUAUCACAUUCCCUCCCUUCCUCGGCCACGACAGACCAUAUACACACACCAUCCUCCACCUCAACAAGCCCAUCUCCCUCUACAACGGCGACCAGUGGAGCAGCUGGCGCAUCCCUCUCGAAGCCGAACGCCUCGUUGAUCGGUUUCGUCAUUCUAGCUGUUGUUCUGGCUCUACUUGUAUGCGCUAUUGGAGCGAUUCUAUGGAUGAGACGACGGAAAAGGCAGAGGCGUGCUCAUAUCUCAGUCGAUUUACUCGCUGAGAACAAAGUUCGGGGUUUCGGGUCGUUCGAGUUUGUCCGAUCGCCUGCGCUUGAUGCUCAGACUAACGAUGAACCACAAGUGAUGACGUCCGAGCCGCCUGUCGGGCAGAACGAUGGCGCUCCUGUUAUGACGAUGACCUACAAUGGUCAAACAACACGUUCGGUUCCACAACCAGCCUAUUCUAAGAAGGUUGCUGCUAUCAAGCCGUACGAACCUCAAUACGAACCCUCUGUUCUCACCAACCGUCAGGAUGGCCCGUCACCAUCACGAUACCCUUCAACAACCGCUUCUACUCUCUCUUCCAACCAUUCUUUCACAUCCGCUGGCUCGUCAUCCGCGGGAUAUCCCCCUCGCCCCUUGCCGAUUGCAAAGUCGUCGGACACUUAUAGUCAGCGAUCUCUGAAACGCUACAAUGUUACCAACCCUUCCAUCUUUUCUGAUGAUUCUGAUGCAUUAUCACAUCUACCAGCUGAAAAGACUGCGUCGACCACCAACCUUCUCGCUCAUACGGAUACUUCCGAUAGACGCGAGGUAGAUGGUGGAGUACGAAUGGCUGGAGGUCCAGUGCAACAGAGUUUGUUCACCAUAAUUCCAAGCGUUUCCCCAUAUCAAACAUUGCUUGAUGAUGAACUACCCCUUUAUCGUUUUCGUAAGGCCUCUUCUUCAGAGUUUGAUCUCCCGGAGGACGCAUCGGCCAUGGUUACCAUCGAUCCUGGAAGAUCUCCUUCGUCCUCCCUGGAUGUAAGAAGUAUCGCUGAUCUCUCUUUGAUUCGACCGCCGUGGCAGUCUCACAGGUACGAGGCCAGACUGAAAUGCAGACCAUAAGUGCUAGAGGUGUUGGAUGGCUCUUUCGUCCUGAUGGACUUCUGCCUGGCGCUGGAGAUGAUUGCAUGGCAGCAUUCGUUGCUGGAGGGAACUGGUUUACGUGUCGCUGCGUGCUACUAAUUCUACUUAACUUUGCCUCGACAGUUGGUGGUGUUGGGAAUCUGCGAAGAAAUGAUCGCCAACAGA